UUCUCACUAUAAAAUCAUUGAUUUUUCAUUACACGCGACAUAGGCAACAUUUACCGUCAAUGUUUAUUUCCAAAAUGAUUUCAAAAAUUGUUCUAUUUCUAUUCGUCGUUGUUGUUGUCAGUGCUUCUACUGAUCGCGAACAAUUUGAAGAAUUCAAGAAAAAUUUCAACAAACACUAUACACCUGAAGAAGAAGAAAUCCGUUUCCAGAAUUUCCAAAAUAAUUUGAGGAAAAUCGCCGAUCAAAAUCAAAAAGCUGCUUCAGGCCAAAGCACUCACACAUCAGGUAUCAACCAAUUUGCCGAUUUAUCUGAACAAGAAUGGUCCCAUCGUAACCAUGGUCUCAGACCACAUCAUCAUUAAAAGUCUAAAGCUGUGUUUUGGAAACUACUCAUAAAUAUUUCAAAUUACAAUAAAUUAAUUCAAGUGUA